AUGAAGAUGAAUAUCACUUCAGCAGCUGGAAUAAUCUCCUUAUUAGAGGAGCCAAUGCCGGAGUUAAAAGUCUUUGCUCUAAAAAAGCUAGACAUGAUUGUUGAUGAGUUCUGGCCUGAAAUAUCUGAAGCCAUCGAAAAAAUUGAAAUUCUCCAUGAGGAUAAGACAUUUAACCAGCACGAGCUGGCAGCGUUGGUGGCCAGCAAAGUGUACUACCACCUAGGAAGCUUCGAAGACUCGUUGACGUACGCCCUGGGAGCUGGAGAGCUGUUCGACGUAAACGCACGGAAUGAGUACGUUGACACAACUAUUGCAAAAUGCAUAGACUUCUACACUCAGCAGCGUCAAUUGGAGGCUGAAGGAAAGGUGCCAGCUGGUGCGAAGGCCGUCGACCCUCGAUUGGAAGGAAUCGUUAACCGAAUGUUCCAGCGGUGCUUAGACGACGGCCAAUUCAGGCAAGCCUUGGGUCUGGCUUUGGAGACCCGUCGCAUGGACAUCUUCGAGGCCGCGAUCAUGCAGUCCGACGACGUCCAGGGGAUGCUUUCCUACGCGUUCCAGGUGGCGAUGAGCCUGAUCCAAAAUCGUGGAUUCCGCAAUACAGUUUUGCGUUGCCUGGUGAACCUCUACCGUAAUCUGGGGACGCCAGACUAUGUCAACAUGUGCCAGUGCUUGAUAUUCCUGGAUGACCCUCUGGCAGUCGCUGAGCUCUUGGACAGACUGAGCAGAGGAACGCAGGAGUGCGUGCUGAUGGCCUACCAGAUUGCCUUCGAUCUCUACGAGUCAGCGACUCAGCAAUUUUUAGGACGGGUUCUGCAAGCGCUGAGAGCCACCGCGCCUAUUCCCAGUGCCUUGAUGGUGAAACCCAUCGUGAAGCCUGCCAAAGCUGCGGAGACAUCUGCUGCAAGUUCUGAGGCUUCUACCUCGGAAACCCCUGCCGCUCCAGUAGAAGAAACUCCCGUUGAAGAAAAGACUGAGAGAAGUGUCGAGAGUCUGACCAAAGAAGAGCGCGAGCAACAAGAGCGCGUUGAUGCGCUGUCCAGCAUUCUUGGAGGAGAGGUUUCCAUCGACUUGCACUUGCAGUUUUUGAUAAGAAGCAACCACACGGAUAUGCUGAUUCUCAAGAACACCAAGGAUGCGAUCAGAGUCUCUAUCUGUCACACUGCUACGGUUAUUGCCAACGCUUUCAUGCACUCCGGGACUACCAGCGACCAGUUCUUGAGGGACAACCUUGACUGGCUGGCCAGAGCUACAAACUGGGCUAAGCUCACUGCUACCGCUUCUCUUGGAGUGAUUCAUCGUGGGCAUGAACAAGAAGCUCUUGCUCUGAUGCAAUCUUACUUACCUAGAGACCAAGGAGCUGGAGCUGGAUACUCUGAGGGUGGUGGUCUCUAUGCGCUGGGACUCAUUCAUGCUAAUCAUGGAGCUACUAUUACUGAUUAUUUGCUGGGACAGCUGAAAGAUGCUCAGAAUGAGAUGGUUCGUCACGGAGGAUGUUUAGGAUUAGGUCUAGCAGCAAUGGGAUCACACAGACAGGACGUUUACGAACAAUUGAAGUUUAAUUUAUAUCAGGACGACGCAGUAACCGGAGAAGCCGCAGGUAUCUCAAUGGGAAUGGUUAUGCUUGGGUCUAAAUCCACUCAAGCUAUCGAAGACAUGGUUGCUUACGCUCAAGAAACUCAGCACGAAAAAAUCCUCCGUGGACUGGCAGUGGGUAUUGCCUUCACAAUGUAUGGUCGGCUAGAAGAAGCGGAUCCCCUUGUAACGUCACUUUGCGCUGACAAGGAUCCAAUUCUCCGGCGAAGUGGAAUGUACACUCUGGCGAUGGCUUACUGUGGAACUGGCAACAAUCAGGCGAUCCGUAAACUUCUUCACGUAGCUGUCUCGGAUGUUAACGACGAUGUUCGUCGGGCAGCGGUUACUGGUCUCGGUUUUCUGCUCUUCCGGUGA